GCCUACCAUGCUCCCUUGCCACUCGUCGCUGCUCCAGAUCAUAGACUCGGUGUCCACUGCUGUACCAUCUGUCAUCUCGCUUCUUGAAACAUGUCGUCGAACUCGGAGCUGAGUCUGACUGACGCUUUCGCGCUUCUGAAGCUCCCCUCGACCGCGUCAGCCGGUGACAUCCGCAAGUCCUACCGCACCCUCUCCCUCUUGUAUCAUCCCGACAAAGCAAAGGAUGUAUCGGCAGAAGUCGCGUCGGAUCGCUUUCACAACCUACACAAGGCCUAUGAGCUCCUCUCCGACCCAGUCGUCCGCGAGAAGCUUGCUAGACAGGCCGCAGAAGAGGACAAGCGGAAGGAGAGGGUCGGAAAGUUCGAGCAGGAGAGAAAGAAGAUGAGCGAAGCCUUGGAGCAAAGAGAGCGAGAAGAGGCUCAGCGGAGGAGGAAGGAGCAUGAGGCGUCAAGACAGAGAGAGCUGGAUCUCGAGAGAUUGAAGGAGGAGGGCCGGAAGAUGAGGGAGGCCAAGAGCCAGGCGCGGACGAAGCAGCAGGAAGAAGAGGCGGUGAAGGUCAGAUUGGCAAGACAACAAGCAGAGGACGCUAGUAGAGCCAGAGCAGCUGAGCGCUCAAGAGACGAUCCAUCGGAGCCUUCUCUUGGUCCCCUGGAUACGACGGUCCGCCUGCUGUAUCCGACCUCGCUUCAUCAAGCGCUAUCCACCUCUCUAGGCAACACUCUCACAUCCCGCUUCGGCGGUCUCAUCAACCUCCGAUUGACAGUCCCUCAGGAGAGCGACGAUAUUCCAGCAUCGAACAAGCGCAAGAGGCUCAACGAAGUGACCUGCUUAGCCACAUUCGAAGAGAUGUCUUCAGCUAUCCGCCUCGUCGAGGGAGGCUCUGACUUUCGACUGGCUGAGGUAGUACAAGCAACGGGCAGCGCGGCAGAGCAGCUGGACCAGGUGUGGGUCGAAUGGGCAGCCGCAAAAGACCUCGCGAGGAAGAGAAAAGAAGCGAGGAAACGGGGUACCGCCUCGACAGAAUCCACAGAAGUCAAGCCUCCUGCCGGUGCAAAGCUAGGCGAGCCGGCGAGAGUCACUUGGUGGCGGUCGUAUGUUCCCGAAAAGCUUGCGGAUUAUACCACAAAUGGCGUCGCGGCUUAUCACUCAGGACAAGUGUAUGCAGAAAGUCCACAGAAGAGACAGUCAUCUACGGCGGGGGCAGCCGACUUUGAGUCAGAUGUCCUGCGUCGGGCGAUGGAGGCAGCAGUAAGCAAGAAAGAGAGUGCAACAGACGGAGACGGAGAAGGAGACGUAGAAAGGACGGCGUAGUAGGGGGAAGUUCCAUUUUUCUUCGUCACAUCAGACUGUACUAUACUAUCAACCCAAUGAUACCCGCUCUGUUUCUCGCUG